AUCAGAUCACGCGGGGAUCGACCAUUGGCUAAACGAGGUACCAGGCUUGGCGGAUGACGCUGAUCUGGCAAGGUCCCUUACAGACUUCGCAUAUGGAGAUCUCCUAGACGAUCCAUCAACUUCCAGAGCAGUCCUGGAGUCAGAUCAUGUUGCUCCGCAGCUCCCAUCCUCUCCUAACACCAGUCCUGCCAGCAGCGGUGGGCCCGGCGGCGAGCCAGCCUGGUCCCAGGAAGCCCCAACCAGCCGCAGCGGCUCCCUCAGCCCUGGCAUCGUACAAAUGGAUCGAGCUCGAUCCACGGGAGCAAUCCGCAGCUUCAGCACAAACGACC